UGGCCCCUCGGCAAUUUAAUGACCGAAUAAGUUCAUUUGACAGAAAAUGACCAAAAACAAAGAUAACCGAGUAGCAGCUUAUUAGUCAAAUAAUGGCCACCAUGCACAGCCAAAUAAUCAAAAAGACACAAAGCACACUGGGCAAAGUGAUAAAGAAACCGGCUCUCACUGAUAAACUGCUGAGCAAACCGCCGUUUCGAUACCUGCACGACAUCUUCUCUGAGAUCAUCAGGACCACUGGCUUUAUGAAAGGCUUGUACAAAGACAAUGAAUUGAAGUCAGAAUGUAUCAAGGACAAGGAGAUGAAGAUGGCGUUCCUCCAGAAAGCCAUCGAUGUUGUGGUGCUGGUCACUGGAGAACCCCUUGCGCUCAGACCGGCGCAUAUCGUCGCCGGUCAUGAGCCCGAGAAGACCAACGAGUUCCUGCAGACCGUUGCCAAGUGCUGCCUCAACAAGUUGUCCAGUAAGGAGGCCGUGAGGAAAGUUCUUGCAGGAGAGAGGUUGGACGUGAGGGCCAGGGAGAGUACGCUCAAAUCCCAAGACAAGGACGUUGCCGAGGGGCGCCAAGAGAAGACGACGACGGAGCGGAGCGAGAGCAGGGUCGAGGAGGAGCCGGAGCCGCACGGAGAACCUGAGAGACAGCGGCGAGACGGUGAGAGGGAACAGCGCGACGCCAAGGAGCACAGGCGGCGGGAACAGGAGCUUGCCAAAGAUGGCGAGCAGGAAGACAAGAGUCGCCAUCAAGACAAUGCGCAAAGCAACGAAAAAGACAAAGGUCAAGGCAACAAGACAAGCGAGAAAGAAAAAGUCAAAGAGAGCGAGCGACACAAGGCGGCGUCACGCACGGAGAGUCCGACCAGAACAAGUUCUGCCAAAGGGCAAAGAAGGAAAAACAAGUUUGGAGACGAAUCGGACGGGGAAGGUGGCGAAGCCACCAUCCAGCGCAAAGACGCCGAGCACGGUCCGACUCCUCCCAACAAUCAAAGCGGCGAUGUUGCAGGCUCCUCACUUUCGCCUGACGUGGCCUCCAGCAACAGCCGAGCGGCGCCGCGGCCCGGCAGCGCUCGGCCGGCUCCUCCUCGAGUCAAGACACAGGAGAGCUUGGUCGAAGGGCUUCCACCUGAGAGGCUCUCCAGCGCCAAGUCGUCAGUCAUCGGAGAAGGGAAGAAGUUGUCUGAUGAUGAGGAUGAGGAAGAUGAGCAGUUUCUGGUCGCGGAGGCGGCCCCUGAAUCUGUAGAUGCUCCAGAGAAGGACUGUGCACAAGACCUCAGCAGUGAAGCAAACCAUGGGGGACUGGUGAAGAAGAUCCUCGAAACCAAAAAAGACUACGAACCGUCGGCGUCCUCCAAUAAAUCCAAAGAGAAGCUGAUGUCCGAGGAAGCCCGCCGGAAAGAGGAGGACCUGGUGACGCGGGAGGUGGAACGUCUACGCGCUUCCAUCCAGUCGGUGUGUCAGAGCGCGCUGCCGCUGGGCAAGAUCAUGGACUACGUUCAGGAGGACAUGGACGCCAUGCAAGCCGAGCUGCAAAGCUGGCGCAAGGAGAACAAGGAGCACGCGCAGGCUCUGCUGCAGCAGAACAAAGUGACGGAGCAGGCGGUGGAACCUCUCAAGGCCGAACUGGGCGAGCUGGACCAGCAGAUGAAAGAUUACCAGGACAUGAUUUGUGCUGUCAGGUCCAACAUUCUGACCAACGAGGAGAAUAUCCAAAAGAAAUUGGCGGCCAUUAUCUCUUCCCGAUCCUGAAAGGACCAGCGCGGGCGGCCUUGGGAGUACAAAGUUCUGGUUUCUCCGGCUGGCCAGAUUUUGCUUUGACAAGAUGUUCUUGAAGGUUCUCGUCGUUUUGCGCUCG